CGAGAGUAUAAAAGCCAGCGAGACGCUGGUGGGAGCAUCGCGACUCCGCGGAGGAGAAAGUUGAGCAAAGAUGAUCUGGAUAUUCCCUGUGCUGGUUCUGCUGUGUUUUCUCCUCACACACCGCUGGAGAUACAAAACCGAGCCGCCUCUGGACAGAGGACUAAUCCCAUGGUUGGGUCAUGCACUUGAGUUUGGAAAAGAUGCAUCCAAGUUCAUAACCCGAAUGAAGCUGAAACAUGGCAACAUAUUCACGGUGCGUGCUGCAGGCCGCUAUGUGACCUUGCUGCUGGAUCCACACUCUUACGAUGAAGUCAUCAAUGACCCAGAUUCGCUGGACUUCGGGCGCUACGCUCAGGUGCUCAUGGAGCGUAUUUUUAACCUGCGGCUCCCUCUUCACCAGCCAGAGAAAGCCAAGGCGAUGAUGAAAAGGCACUUUAUGGGAGGGAGUUUAUCAACGCUCAACAGCACUAUGAGUCGAAACCUGGAGACCUUGCUGAAAACCGAAAUGCCGCUCAACCAGAGGAACUGGAAGGAGGAGGGCUUGUUCCACCUCUCCUACAGCUUACUCUUUAAGGCGGGUUACCUGACGCUGUUUGGAGGAGAACAAAACAACAACAGCACAGAUCCCUCAAGAGUUUAUGAGGAAUAUAAGAAGCUCGAUGGCGUCCUAUGCAGUCUGGCGAGAGGGACUCUGAGGAAAGAGGAGAAGAGGACUGCACAGAGCAUUCAGAGAAAGCUCUGGGAGCUGCUGGCUCCAGCAGGUCUCACAGAAGACUCUGGGUCAAGCCCCUGGCUCCAUGCCUACAGGCAGCUCCUGAAAGAGGACGGCGUGGACGAAGAGAUGCAAAGAAGGGCCGUCCUGAUGCAACUCUGGGCCACGCAGGGAAAUGUCGGUCCUGCUGCAUUUUGGCUUUUGGGCUACUUGUUGACAAACCCUGAAGCCCUGACGGCAGUGAAGAGAGAGUUUGGCCAGAUUUCACAGAUGGCGAGUUCAGGGACUCCUCUCAUGGACAAAUCCACGAAGACCCCAGUGUUUGACAGUGUCUUGGAAGAGACUCUUAGACUCACUGCUGCCCCCUUCAUAACAAGAGAGGUAGUGCGGGACAAGACCCUCCACAUGGCUGAUGGUGGGGAUUACCUGCUGAGAAAAGGAGACCGGCUGUGUUUGUUUCCCUUUGUCAGCCCUCAGAUGGACCCAGAGGUCCACCCCGAGCCACAGAAAUUCCAGUUCAACCGUUUCCUGAAUGAAGAUGGAUCAGUGAAGAAGGACUUUUACAAAGGAGGAAAGAAGCUGAAAUAUUACACCAUGCCCUGGGGUGCAGGGACCAAUGGCUGCGUGGGGAGGCAGUUUGCCAUCAAUACCAUCAGAAAAUUUGUUUACGUGUUGCUGACCAGCUACGACCUGGAGCUCUGUGACUCCAACGAUCAGCUCCCGGAGAAAGAUGCCAGCCGUUACGGAUUUGGGAUGCUGCAGCCUCAGGGAGACCUGCUUGUCAGAUAUAAGCCAAGAGCAAUGCCUUAAAUUUUAAACAUUUCAUCGCGAAAUCAUUGUUAAUAUUGUCAAUAUAAUUUUUGUACGUUUGUAUUUAUUGUUGUAUGUGUUUAUAAGAACAUUAUUUUUUCUAUCAAUAAAAAUGAGUAAUGUGUUUGCUGAA